AUGGCCUUCAACAACUCAGGUUCCCUAUUUGGUAAUGGCGGCAUGGGAGCCCCCUCGCAGCCGUCGAGCAUAUUUUCUACAAAUAACCCAACAAGCAUUUUCGGGAACGCUCCAGCAACCCAGGCGCCUGCAGGUGCCUCAUUAUUCGGUGGCCAGUCUCAAGCUCAGCAGCAGCCCACUCAAUCUUCACUCUUCGGGCAGGCUCAACCAAAUGCUAGCACUGCGCAGCCCCUACAGGCACCCCAAGCGACCCAGCCAGCUUUUUUCAACAGUCUGCUAGAGCGCGGUAAAAAGCGCCCGCUUUCCGCUGUUGCUCGAAGCAGCAAUUUUGAAGAGUUGCCCAACCUUCAAUUGGGCCUUGAUGACAUCCGUCGGAAAGCGAGAGAAUUGGGUGCUGCGGGGGUUAAGGACUCGCAUGUGCCGAGUACAAAAGCGCAUUACCUUCUCGCCGCAUCAGGAAUUUCUCCCGGGCGUGCGCUCCGUGACCUCAAAGCCCUGGACCCCCACGCGUCUAUUGCAGUGCCUUCGAAAGAACCUGACGCUUUUGACCCAGACAACCAAAAGUAUUUGAGGAACAUCCAGCAGCGUGGCCGUCAGGUGAUGGUUGCUGAAAGCCUUGCUCGAGCGCAGAGAGACUUUGAUACAUUCUUGGAAGAAAAGGUGGAUCUGGACUGGGAGGAGCAACGCCAAAGAAUCUUCAAGCACUUUGGGCUAUCACAAAAGGAGGGCUCCUCUGGCGAUGCAAAAGGGACCUUCGGGCGUUCCACAAGGCAGUCCGGGCCUGCAGCCUCCCAUGGCCCUGCAGGUAUGUCCCGUAGAAGUGUCUUCGGGCGCUCUGGCCUGGAGAAGUCCGUUAUUGGAACUCCUGGGACUGGAAAAUCAAGCCACCAACUUUUCGAAGAUCCUGUGGAACGCACCGAGGGCCCCGGUGCCCAUACAUCAGACGUGCGGUUCUUACGGGAGAAAAUGGGUUAUUAUGCGGACAAGGUGCAGUUGCUGAACUCUGCUAGGCUUCACUCGCGCGCAUUCCCAGUGCUGCAUGAGUUUUCCGACGUCGAGAAGCACGCAGGAGGCGAUGUCCCCCGGCAACUUUUUGAUGCAUAUAGGGCUCUGAUCAAUAUCAUUGGAGAAUCACCAGAGGUCACCAACAUGUCCGACCCAGGCGCCAUCAAGGAGCGUCAAUUCUCUGCGGAGUACCUGAACGAAGUGCCGAAUUCUCAUCAGGCAGUAGGUCUAAGAAAGCGAAUUGUCGAAGGGUCCAGGAAAUUCCUGGAGAAAUCAUUUUACAGUGAGAUCGAGGGAGUGAUUGCCAAGAACCCUCGCGAAGCACAGCUCGGUGGCAUACCCACUGUAGUCAACAAAAUCCGCGCGUAUAUUCGACUGAGAGCUAUCAGGAAAGACCUCGCCCCUGACGGAACCGAGCUACAAAUGGUGGGCCAGGAUUAUUGCUGGAUUCUCAUCUUCUAUCUCCUUCGAUGCGGAUUUGUUACGGAAGCAGCAGAAUAUGUGACUCAAGAUCCUGGCUUCCGUUCCUUGGAUCACAAGUUUGUUACCUAUAUGACAACCUAUGCUCAAAGCAGACGACUGCCGAGAGACAUGCAACAAAAGAUCAAUGGCGAAUACCAGCAACGCUCACGCAAUGCGCCCGACAACACUGUUGAUCCAUAUCGCAUGGCAUGUUACAAGAUAAUCGGACGCUGUGACCUUGGUCGCAGACGGUUAGACGGCGUGAAUCAGAGCGUCGAGGAUUGGAUGUGGCUGCAAUUCAGCUUGGCUAGAGAGGACGAUCGCGCCGAGGAAGUUGCGGGUGAUGUUUUCGGUCUCGAGGACAUCCAGACCGAUAUCACUGAAAUUGGGCAGCGGGUUUUUGGAAAGGGUCAAGAAGGACCUGGUGGCUACGGAACUUUCUUUCUUCUGCAAAUUCUCGGAGGAAUGUUUGAACAGGCUGUCUCGUAUCUUGGGUCCUACGCGCCUAUUAGUGCAGUGCACUUCGCCAUUUCUCUCACCUAUUACGGUCUUCUGCGGGUGUCCGACUUUUACACUUCUGGCGAAGAAAUCUUAUCUUUCACCGUGAAGCAAUACCCGCAAAUCAACUUUGGCUACCUCAUCACACAAUACACCAAGGAAUUCCGUACGGCCUAUGUUGAAGCGGCAAUUGACUAUUUCUCUCUGCUGUGCCUUAAUGCUGAUCUUCAUGGUGCCCUCGGUAAAUCCCAAUCUUCCGUAUGCCACGAAGCUUUGCGAGAAUAUAUCUUGGAAACAAGGGACUUUGCCAAGUUAUUGGGCGACAUCCGUUCGGAUGGCACUCGAAUCAAGGGCCUGAUUGAGCAGCGAAUAAGCCUAAUCAAACUAGAAGACCAGGAAGAGUUCCUCAAGACCAUAACAGUGCAAGCAGCGGCUGUUGCCGAGGACAAGGGCCUGAUCACCGACUCUGUCCUUCUUUAUCACCUUGCGGAGGAUUAUGACCGCGUCAUUGAUAUUAUCAACAGAACACUGUCGGACUCUGUCGCCGUUCCAUUGGGAAGCCCUACGCUGAAACUUCAACCUCUACGGCCCCGCACCGACCCAACGCAGGACCGCUCGACAUCAAAUGAAGCUUCGCCAGAGCUUGGAAGCAGUCUAAGCUUGACUACCGUGGAAGACCCGGUGGUUCUUGCCAGGAAUAUGAUCGGUCUCUAUAAUAAGAACGCCCUUUAUUACCAGCGAAUCCGCCAGGCAAAUCGCGACGCGUGCGGCCUCUUACUUCGUAUGAUGGAGGCCAAGGCCGAGGUCGAGACAGGGAAGUGGACGGCCGCUUUGGACACCAUCAAUGGAUUGGGCAUUCUCCCGCUCCGCGCUCGAGGCUCUGUUCCCUAUAUUCGAAGUGCCGCCCAAGCGUUCUCCACGCUCCCGUCGAUUAUCUCUUCUAAUGUAGGACAUGUGAUCAUCUGGAGCAUUACCUGCAUUGGCUAUGAGCGGGAACGACUAAGCUCUGGGGCAUAUGAGAACGAGAUUCGGCAAGGGCUUGCAGAGGAGUUGUUGGCUAUGGCGAAAGAUUUGAUGAUUUUCUCCGGCAUGGUCAAAUACAAACUACCCCCAAGAGUUUAUGAGACUCUUGCUCGUGCAGGAGCAGAUAUUGGCGCGUUUUAA